AACUCUGUGGAGUCACCGUCGAAUACUACAAUCGCAAAUGGACGCUAAGAUCGGAAGCUUCUUCGAGUCCAUCGGAAACUUCUUCUCCGGCGGCGAGCAGAUCCCGUGGUGUGACCGUGACGUCAUCGCUGGCUGUGAGAGGGAAGUUGCUGAGGCUUCUAAUGGUGACUCUGAGGAGCGGAAGAAUGAGAGCAUAAUGAGGUUGUCGUGGGCACUUGUUCAUUCGAGGCUAAAAGAAGAUAUUCAGCGCGGGAUAGCCAUGCUUGAAACUUCUUUGGGCAAUGAUAGAAGUCCUUUGCAUCAAAGAGAGAAGCUUUAUCUUCUGGCUGUUGGAUAUUACCGGAGUAAUGAAUAUGGUAGGAGUCGAGAGCUUGUCGACCAAUGUUUGGAGAUUGCACCUGAUUGGAGGCAGGCACUGUCCCUCAAGAAAAUAGUCGAAGAUAGAAUUGCUAAAGACGGUGUUAUAGGAAUUGGCAUUACUGCAACAGCUGUAGGACUUAUAGUUGGUGGCAUUGCUGCAGCGUUGGCUCGGAAGAAUUGAGAAUCUUAAACACUUGCUUGCAUAUUUGGCCUCUUGUUUGUUUUAUUUUCUUCUAAACAUGUUGAAGUCAAUGGGAAAUAAACCUAUAUUGACAACUACAGUUUUGAACCUUUUUAAUUUGUUAGAAGGAGCAUUUUCACUGAAGAGCUGAUUUCAAAAUUCCCUGUACAUUGCAAAUAAUUUUUGAUUGUUUGGAAUCUGAGUCACACAUUCCUUACUUGGCAAUAACUUUA